GCCGUCAUUUGAAAAAUUUGUGUAAGGACUAUCCGAGAAAUUUUUCCAUAUGGAUGUGUGAAAUUCCUCAUGUUUUAACAAGCGAUCCGGAGGCCAUUAGUGCAAUCCUGGCAAGCGCCAAAAAUACUGAUAAAUUCAGUCAUCAUAAAUGUAUAAAAACUGAGUAUCCUGCGAUUGUUUCUGCUCAAGGAGAUGAAUGGAGGAACAUGAGAAAACUUGUUAACCCGACGUUCUGUAUCAGCAACUUCAAGGUUUUUGAGAGAAAUUUUCAAUGCCGCACCAAUGAAUUCUUGAAUAAACUUGAUAAGCACGCUACGGGAGAAGAAUUUGACAUACAUCUGCCUGUUCAUUUAUGCACACUUGAUUUAGUUUGUGAUAACAUGAUUGGCUGUAAGAUGGACGUUCAGAAAAAUAAUCUUGAGUAUCUGUCCAUUGCCAUGAGUAGGGCCAUAGAAAUGAUGUUCGAGAGGGCGUUUCAACCAAUAUUUUGGCCGGACUUUACAUAUCUUCUUUCCGGGCAACAGACAUCGUUUAGAAGAACGUACAACCCAGGACUGGAUUUUGUCAAAAUGGGGAUUGAACAGAGGAUGAAAGCGCGAAGAGAAGGUGCGGUAGCAACCGAGUCUGAAGAAAAUUGCCGGUCAUUUUUGGACAUUUUAUUGGAUAAUUUUGAGGCAGGAAUAAUUUCGAUGAAGCAAGUCACCGCUGAGAUCUCUGAAAUGUAUUUUGCUGGCUCCAUAACCACGGCUAAUACGACAGCGUGGGUCUUCAAGUUGUUAGCAAUGUUUCCAGAAGUUCAAGAACGGGUGUGUAAAGAGAUCGAUGAGAAAUGCGAUGGGGAGCAGGUUACUCCAGAAGAUCUACAUAAGUUGGUUUACCUCGAGAUGGUCAUCAAAGAAACCCUUCGGCAUUACGGACCUCCGUUCACAGGACGGAAAAUCACCGAAGAUCUCAAAGUCAAUGAAAAUUUGACGAUACCGGCUGGGAUAGAGGUGUUCAUGUUCCUUUACUUGAUGCACCACGAUCCUGAAUAUUGGCAGAAACCAAAUAAGUUCUACCCAGAACAUUUUUCUCCCGACCUCGAGAGUAAGCGGCCUAAAGGAGCAUUUGUCCCGUUUUUAAGCGGCCCGAGAGUCUGUCCUGGAUACAAAUACGCUAUGCGGUCAAUGAAAUUAAUUAUAGCAAAUACGCUAUUGCACUACACUUUUUCCAGCACCGAAAAACCACCAGAAAAUAUGACGGAUUUGGAGUUUCGAAUUUUGUUCAUGCCGGUACCAGUUAAUGGUCUCAGGGUUAAAAUUCAAAGAAGAGAAUGGCACAAUGUGUGAGAUUCAAACAGUCGCCUAACAUUUACUUAAACAAUUUUGCUCAGGGUUCCACCACCACUCUAACAUGUAUACUGUCUAGUGAACAGUAUACUUUGUUUACAAUAUAUAAGACUGAUGUUAGCCUGCUAUUAGCUUAUUAUUAUCUAACUAGGGGGCUACGCCCCCUGGCCGCUCCGCGACCAACCCCCAGGUCGUAAAUUUGUUUCAAGAACUGAGAGGGUAAGACCGAAGGC